CUGACUUGACCGUGGUUACACGGUGAAUAUCCCGGUGACGGGCACAUGCACAGCCUGGAGAUCCGGGAGCAGGGCGCCUGAAGAGGAGCGCCCGACAGCUGCGCAUACCCAUCGGCUUUCAGGUAGAGGUGGAAGACCGCCGGAAGGACGGGCGGAGGAGAAACGCACCAUCCAAGCACUCUGAGUGAACUCUACAGACUGUUGUGGCUGAGAAUCCCAGGAGAUCAGCUGUUUCAGAAACUCUAAAACGAGCCCGUCUGGCACCAACAAUCCUGCCACGAUGGCUUUAGCCAGAGAUGCAGGGGCGGGCCCGGAGCAGAGAGAUGCAGCUGACCAAAACUUUGACUACAUGUUCAAGCUGCUGAUCAUUGGCAACAGCAGCGUGGGAAAGACCUCCUUCCUGUUCCGCUAUGCAGAUGACUCCUUCACCUCAGCCUUUGUCAGCACAGUGGGCAUUGAUUUCAAAGUCAAAACCAUCUACAGGAACGACAAAAGGGUUAAACUGCAGAUCUGGGACACAGCGGGGCAGGAACGCUACCGGACCAUCACCACAGCUUACUACAGAGGAGCCAUGGGAUUCCUGCUCAUGUAUGAUAUCACAAGCCAGGAGUCGUUCUGCGCUGUUCAGGACUGGGCAACCCAGAUCAAGACGUACUCGUGGGACAACGCUCAGGUAGUGCUGGUAGGCAAUAAGCUGGACUUGGAAGAAGACAGGCAGGUUCCCAUUGAGGAUGCCCAGAGACUAGCCACAGAGCUCGGCUUCCAGUACUUCGAAGCCAGUGCCAAAGACAACAUCAAUGUGAAGCAGGUCUUUGACAAGCUGGUGGACGUCAUCUGUGAGAAGAUGAACGACAGCGUCAACGGUGAUGCCAGUCCGUCUGCCAGUCACAAAGGAGAUGGCCUAAAGGACACGCCUCGCAGCAGCCAGGGCGGCUGCGCAUGCUGAUAGCUGAUAGUGGAAAUUCAUUGAGUGCUGUUUCAUAGUCACAAACACACACACGCACACACACACACACACGCACGCAAAUGCAAACACAGAUUAAUUGAAUUGCCAAAAAUCGGUCAUUGUGAAUGUACUUGAACAUAUGUUACUGCAAUACUAUCAUGGCUGCUUGGCUCCCAUUUUUUUUUCUCGUUAUCUUUUCUCAACCUGGUGGCGUCUUCAGUGCUUCCUCAUAAUUGUGAAUGUGACUGUUACACUGAGAUGCUAAAGAGCUGCGUCGAGCAGCGGUGCCUUCUGCCCAGUGCCUUUGCUUUACUGUUUUCUUGUUUAGUGGGUGAGCAGCACCUGUUGCAGGUGGGGAUGUGAACAAAAGGGCAUGAACCAAAUCAGCAUGGCAUGGAGGAUCACUGUGAUUUACUUGUGCUAUGCUACCCCCUUGUGGGAGUCACAUGAAAAUGCAUCACUGUGACUCACUGCACACUACAUCUACCCUUUAUAUCCUGUGAAUUAUGGCAAUGUUAGCCUGCUGAGGAAGAAGGCCCGCUGUUCAGUACAAAGGUACGGUGAUUCCAGGUGUAUUCUCAUUUUCUUUUAAUUUAUAUUUUGUUUAUUUUUUUUCCUGUUUUUCUUUGUACUUUUAAUCGUUAAUGCUUGUCCAGCAUUUUAUUUGCCAGGUUUAUUGUGUCCCCUCUAAAAAAUUAAGAUUAAAAGAUAUGGAUCAAAUAUGAUCAAAUAUGUC